GCAGCAAUCGAGACGCAGUGUUCCAGCCAGACUGAUUGCGUGGAACAUGCUCUUUGCAAUGAUGAGGAUGGGGGAAGUUUUUGCAAAUGUGAAGAAGAUCCAGAUAAGCCAUGGAUCGUGGAAGACGGACAUUGCAAGUUGGGUUAUUGGACGAAGUGCGAUUGUGAUGAGGAGUGUGUGAAGAAUGCGUUGUGCACGCAGAAGAGGUGCAAGUGCAUCGAAAACUUCUCUGGGGACCCCGACCAAUGCGGACUUGGUUCUGCCCAGACGGCCCCUACUAGCAUUCGUUGGCGCAUUGCCCGCAGACACAGGAGGCAAUGCGGUGGAACUUUUGGCUGA